CCAAGGAGGCCAUCGUUUUAGCAGACUUACCAAGAACAUUGGCGUAGGAGGUUUGUGCAUUUAAGUCCAAGCAGGAAGCCUUUUUUAUUUUUUACUUUAGAAAGUGUGUGAAUAAUUGUGGUGCUGCUUUGCUUCCAAAACUGGGCAGCGAUUUAAACAGCAGCAGCAGCUCUCAUCCUGGCCACCAUGGAGUUUCUUGAAAGAACUUACCUUGUGAAUGACAAAGCCACCAAGAUGUAUGCCUGCACCCUAGACAGUGUGGAACUCCAGCAGAAACCUGUGAAUAAAGAUCAAUGUCCUGGAGAGGGGCCAGGGGAGCUGGAGGCAGGAGGCAUCUAUCACUGCCAUAGCAACUCCAAGGCCACAGAGAACAGGGCAAAUGAGGAAGUGCAAGCCAAGUGGAAACUCCGUGCUGCUUCGGCGAUAUGCUUUGUUUUCAUGAUUGCAGAGGUUGUGGGUGGGCACAUUGCUGGAAGUCUUGCCAUCAUCACAGAUGCUGCCCAUCUCUUAAUUGACCUAACCAGUUUCCUGCUCAGUCUCUUCUCCUUGUGGUUGUCAACAAAGCCCCCCUCCAAGCGGCUGACAUUUGGAUGGCAUCGAGCAGAGAUCCUUGGUGCCCUGCUGUCCAUCCUGUGCAUCUGGCUGGUGACUGGCGUGCUGGUGUACCUGGCGUGUGAACGCCUGCUGCACCCCGAUUACCAGAUCCAGGGGACUGUGAUGAUCAUCGUUUCUGGCUGUGCAGUGGUGGCCAAUAUUAUUUUAACUAUGGUUUUGCACCAGAGGCGCCUUGGCCACAAUCACAAGGAAAUGCAAACCAAUGCCAGCGUCAGAGCAGCUUUUGUGCAUGCCCUUGGAGACCUAUUUCAGAGCAUCAGUGUGCUAAUCAGUGCACUUGUUAUCUACUUUAAGCCAGACUACAAAAUAGCUGACCCAAUCUGCACAUUUAUCUUUUCCAUCCUGGUUUUGGCUAGCACCAUCACGAUCCUUAAGGACUUCUCCAUCUUACUCAUGGAAGGUGUACCGAAGGGCCUGAAUUACAAUGGUGUAAAAGAGCUCAUCAUGGCCGUUGAUGGGGUUGUGUCUGUGCACAGCCUGCACAUCUGGUCUCUAACAAUGAACCAAGUGAUUCUCUCGGCUCACGUUGCUACAGCAGCCAGCUGGGACGGCCAGGUUGUUCGGAGAGAGAUUGCUAAAGCCCUCAGCAAAAGCUUUGCUGUGCACUCCCUCACCAUUCAGAUGGAAUCUCCAGCCGACCAGGACCCUGACUGCAUUUUCUGUGAAGCCCCCCAGGACUAGCUCAGUCACUGUCAGCUUCCCUCAUUAGACAGGCUUUGUACUUGCUGCUUUGCAGUUUCUGUAACAUACGAAAUAAGAAUUCAAAGGAAGAAAUUUGAGAAAUAUGACACUGUGCAGUGUACCCUUUACUCUUUAUUUAGCUCCAUCCACUUUGAAUAUGCAUUCAGAUCCAUCAAUCAAUUGGAUUAUAUACUCAUCAGUGGCUGUGUUUAAUUAGAGGAAUGUGCGAAUAGAUUAUUUGUUAACUGGGGCUGAAAGAGCAGCUGUUUGUAACCACAGGCAAUAAAUGGUUCAUGUGCCAUGAAUAAUGAAUCCUGGGAAGGUGUGGUUAAAGUUGAACUCAGAAAAGUCUUAUCAGGAAUCAGUGUCAGGACAAAAAAAGGGGCCACAGAAAGUUUACGGAAAAUGUGCAGUAUUUAAUUCCAUGUAUCCAUGAGAUCCUCGCAUAGUCACAAAAUUCCUCUGAAACAUGUGAAGCAAAAACUGGAACAGCAGCCAAGUUAGGAAAAAAAGAACUCGGGGUCUAACUCCCCAUAGAACUUGACUCUCUCACUACUUGUAUUGUGUGACCUGGGGCAACAUCUCUUGGAUUCCUAUCAACAUCGCUAUUCACAAAAUGGGGGGAAGAAAUUAUUUCUCAGCCUUGCAUGUAAAUUAUGUUGUAAUGUUUGAAAUUGUUGAAUUUUACUUCUCUGGAAAAACGUUGUGGACAAGAUAUAUGAAAUUGCUGCUUUUUGAGUGUUUUCAUUUGGUAAACCUAAUAAAAGAAAAUAAGGAAGCAGAGUACUAAA